CUCCAAAGAGGGGGGAGACUUUAGAAGGAGUUGCUCAAGAGUGUUUUGAUGAUUUGGUUUCAAGACUAUUUUUCAAGCAGGGCGAGGACUAUUUUAGGAAGUAUUUUGUGAUGCAUGAUCUCAUGCAUGACUUGGGAACUUCUCUUGCUGGAAAUCUUUAUUGUAAGUUCUCAGAAGAACUUAGUGAAAAGGAAGAGAUGAGUAUUCUAACUCGUCAUUUGUCAUACGGUGAUUCAAUCCCUGAGAAAAUAUGCUCCUCUAAUAAAAUAGAAUCUUUGAGGACAUUGUUGUAUCUUGAACAUGGAGCUUAUGCCAGGAAAGGACUUGCAACGUUACCAGGUGACAUAUUGUCAAAGAAUAAAUAUUUGAGAGUUUUGUCCUUUGGUAGACUCAAUAUAUUUCCUGAUUCAAUAGAUAAAUUGAUCCAAUUGCGCUAUUUGGAUCUCUCUUGGAGUGAUAUUGUGGUAUUGCCCGAGUCAUUGUGCAAGUUGUGUAAUUUACAAACAUUAAAGCUAGAAUAUUGUUUUAAGCUGACUAUGCUGGCCAAUGGCAUGUAUAAGCUUGUGAAUUUGCGGCAUCUUGAUAUAAGGGGUACUCCUCUGAAAGAAAUGCCAAAAGGAAUGGGCAAAUUAAAACAGUUGCACAUUUUAAGCAAGUUUGUGGUGGGAAAGCAAGAAGACAAUGGAAUGGAAGAGUUAGGAGGGCUUUUAAAUAAAUCUUCAUGGAUCACUUGAGAUUGAGAAAUUGGAGAAUGUGGUUGAUGCCAAUCAGGCAAGGAGUGCAAGGAUAAUAGAUAAGAAGCACAUUGAUGAGUUAUUGUUGAAAUGGUCUCUGUCUUCAGGUGAUGAUAUGGUUUCAAACACACAUACUGAUGAACAAGAUAUACUCCACGGCUUGCAACCACACACAGGCUUGAAAAAGUUUAUUGUUGAUAUAUACAAAGGUAAAAUAUUUCCAGACUGGAUUGGGCAUUCCUUGUACCAAAACAUGACAAGUGUAUCUCUACAAUAUUGCUGGAAUUGCUGCGUGCUGCCUUCACUUGGACAGCUGCCAUCUCUCAAGUCCCUGAGCAUCAAAAGAUUUGAUCAACUGAAGAGCAUUGUCAAGGAGUUUUACAAGAAUGAAGGCCGUCAACAUUCUUCGCCAAUUGCACCGUUUCCCUCACUGGAGAGAUUGGUAUUUGAUGACAUGUCAUGUUGGGAGGAGUGGAGCUUACCUGACUCAGAAGCCUUUCCUCAGCUUAAGAGUCUUCAAAUAACAGCAUGUCGAAUGUUAAAGGGAGAUAUGGUUAAUCAUGUAUUAAUGAGGAUAGUUUCUUCCUCAUCGGAUGUUUCCAAAGUGCGCCAACUGAAUAUACAAGAUGGUGAAAGAUGGAGUAAAAAGAUGAGACUUGAUGGGGAUAGGUUAUCAAUUAGUGGAUUUGAAUCUGUGGUGGAGUGUGCAUUUAAGGCAAGGAUCAUCCACCAUCUAAAUUCCCUCCAAGAAAUAUAUAUCUCUUGGUCUGAGUCUGUUGUAUCCUUGGGGGGCAAUUGUUUACCCAAAUCUUUGCAAAAACUCACAAUCUUUCAUUGCCACCGCAUUGAAUUACUCCAGCAACAACAGAAGUAUGAUUUGGUAGAUCUACAAAUAUAUGAAAGCUGUGAUUCACUGACCUCAUUGUCGUUGGAUGCCUUUCCUACUCUCAUGAAUCUCCAGAUAAAAGAGAGUUCAAAUCUGGAAUCAGUGUCAACGUCAGAGCCACCACACGCUUCUCUUCAACGUCUCACCAUCUUUAACUGCUCCCAAUUAGUGUCUUUUCCCCAAGAAGGACUGGCUACACCCAACUUGACUCAUCUCGAUGUUAGCAAGUGCUCGAAGUUGGAGGCAUUGCCACCUGGCAUAAAUACUCUUCUCCCAAACUUAGAGUCUCUCGACAUACAAGGUUGCCCAAACAUUUGUAGGUGGCCAGAGGGUGGUUUGCCGGCUAACCUGAAAGAGCUAAGUGUGAGAGAAUGCGAGGAACAAGUGAGGGGUCUAUCAUGGUUGGGCAACUUGGACAACCUCAUUCAUCUCACCAUCUCAGGUCGUGGCAGUGGGAGCAUAAUAAAGUCAUACCCAGAGGUGGGUUCGCUGCCUCACCUUCCUUCCCUUACCACUCUUGAGAUAUGCUGGUUCAAGAAUCUGGAGACAUUGGAGUGCAACGAGCUUCUCCACCUCACCUCCCUUCAGCAAUUGCACAUUUCAAGCUGUUGGAAGCUGGAGAAUAUGGCAGGAGAAAAGCUGCCUCCCUCUCUCUUGCUACUUCGAAUUCAAUGGUGUUCUUUGCUAGAAGAACACUGCAAGAACAAGCAUCAACUAAUCUGGCCCAAAAUUUCCCACAUCCCCACCAUUAAAUUCGUAGAUUUCUGAGCAGGUGGCUUGUGUACAUAUCAAGAUGUAAUCCUAUACAUUGGCUACAUAUCUUCAUUUAAUUCUAAGAUCAUUUGUGGUGGUAAUUAAGCUGGAUUAAGGUGUUGGGAACCAGAUACCGUGUUUUCUGAUUUUGGCUUAAUGUUAUUGAAAAGCAAGGACAUGAUGGAGAAAGUUAGAGUAGUGGCACUUAUGAUUGAUGCUUUUGUUGUUGUAGAUUCGGACUCUAAUGUUACUUCUUCAUCAAGCAAUCCCACCGAAAUCAUCAAGCUUUUUUCCCAUCAUCCUUCACAAAUUCAGUUGUAUCUUCAUCCUGCACUUCCACUGAAAUCUCUUUUAGUGCAUAGAUGCACGAUGAAUCUUGUUUUGCUUUCUCAUUUUGUUCUUCAUUCUUGGAACCACGGUCAGCGCCAUCCUUGGCUAUAACUCUCUCAGGCAAAAGAUGCUGGUUCGCUGGGUUCCACCUUCCGAAGGGCCAUCAAACUCAAUGUGGAUGGAAGUUCAAGAAGAAAUCCAGGAAGAGCAGAAUGUGGCGGCUUGCUCAGAGAUCAAGAUGGCAACUGUAUUGCCGGAUUUGUCAGCUAUAUUGGCUUUGCCGACAGUGUCGAAGCCGAACUAAUGGCUAUUCGGCAUGGUUUGUGGUUGGCAUGGCAAUCUGGGUACAGAAAGGUGGAAUGUGAAAGUGAUUGCAUGGUGGCUCUGAAGAUUAUUCAUGGCAAUGCCGAAGACUUUCCAGAAUUCGCACACAUUGUCGAAGAAAUUCAUCAGUUGAUGCUUCUUGAGUGGGACGUCACUAUCUAUCAUAUCAUAAGGGAAGAAAAUUCGUGUGCUGAUUUUUUGGCAAAGAUGGGUUCUUCUUCAAAUUAUACGUUUUCUCUUAUGAUCAACCCUCUCCCAGAACUCACUGUUCUUCUUCUUGCCGACUCCAAGAGUGUUCUUUAUUCUAGAGUUUAGUUAUAUGAGGUUAUAAAAGUUGUUGAGUUCUUUUUUAUUAUUCCUUAAAUUAUGCAUGGUUGAUGUACUCUUUUUCCUCUAUUGGAUUUUUUCCCAAGCUCCAGGGGUUUGGUCUAUAGAGGUUUUUUAAAGAGGCAUAACCUGCAUAGGCCAAGUAUUCAUAUAGUCUAUACCAAUCUCGGUGGAACAAUGUACUAUUCAGAUGUAUCAUACUCAAUUUCAAUGAAAUUACAAAAUUUCUGGAAAA